AUGGCCACGCGCGCCGUGCACCUCGAGAUAGUGGACGGCUACUCGACUCCCGCGUUCUUAGGAGCAUAUUCACGGUUCUGCGCCCGACGAGGCCUCCCCGCGUCGAUCUACUCCGACAACGGAACAACGUUCAUCGGCGCGGACCGCGAAAUUCAAGAAGCGUUUCGCGCGGCCCUACGCGAUCCGAACUUCUUAAAUCGAACCGCCUCCGAUCAAGUUACGUGGCACUUCAUUUCUCCAGCAGCCCCGCAUUUCGGCGGGCUAUGGGAAGCCGGAGUUCGAAGCGUAAAGCACCACCUUCGAAGAGUAGUGGGGGCUCACACUCUCACGUUCGAGGAAUUCGCGACACUCCUGUGCAACAUAGAAGCCUGUCUAAACUCCAGGCCGCUCGCCCCGCUCACCGAUUCCGCUGACGAAUAUGAGGCGCUCACUCCCGGUCACUUCUUGAUAGGCGCCGCGUUAACCGCGAGCCCCGAAGCCUCCGUGCUUCAUCUUAAUGAAAAUCGACUCUUGCGUUGGCAAGUGGUCCGUCAGACGACAAAACGGUUCUGGAAGCUGUGGCAAACCGACUACGUCAACACGCUGCAGCAAAGAGCCAAAUGGCGAAAAUCCGGAAAGGAGUAA